CUUUGCCGAGCAUGCAUAUUCUAUCUGCGGCUUCGCUCGUUUCAAGUUGGAAUUUAACAGUUAAGCUCCUCGCUGCGAAGUCGCGGUCUGCAUACCGCUACAAUUGAGUUUUACGCUGUGUCGUGCAGGAAAGCUCGUGAACUAAUUACAGAAAAUAAAUCGAGACCGGUCGCUGAUUGAACUCCGAUUGCCCAAGAAGAGAAAAAAAAAAAAAAAUCAGAGAAGUGAUAAGCGAUGUGGAAUAAACUGUUUAUACUAAUUGGGUGCGCGGUGAGUGCCUUAGCCACGGCGGAUGUUGGUUUAGAACUAUUCUUUAACGAGGUUCGAAGCCUGAGUCAGCUGCCGAUGGAUAAAUUGAUCCACAUGAAAUCAGUGUUCACCAUCGACCAGGACCAGUCGCAGGAGGACAACGUGACUCUGCAAACCGAUUUUGAACGCUCCUCGUCGAUUCUGCCAGUUGCGCUCCCUCUUACGAGGCCGCAUUCAAAAAGUGUUCGACGUCACGACGACUACUGGCAAGACGGGUGGAGUAAAAACUCGAAAAUAUCCAAGUUCUUCCAGCUGGCUAUCACUGCUCUGUCCUUCUUCGCGUUCGGAGGGUACCUUUUGACUCUUAUCAUCACUGCCAUAAGGAGAAAUGCCGCAGUCGCCCAGCAAGGAAACGUUAUAUUUCUGCAGGGACUGCAAACUGCGGUGAAACGGCCCAAGAGAUCAGCUUUUCAAGAUCCGAUGGAGAACGAUUUCAACACCGAAAGAUUGUACGAAGGGAUGAUUAUGCUGUCGGAAGGCUACGCGCUGUAUAAUUGAACCGUGUAUUUCAUUUCACGAGUGUACGUUUUAUUAUUACAUUUUUCAAUCGUCAAUUACUAUUAGAAACCAAUAUUCGUAGUCAAUGUGACACGGAAACAUUUAGUUCUAGGCAAUCGUAUUGCAGCGUUAAUAAAAAUUUCGUCUGAAUAAAUGUUUAAUGAUAGAAAAUAGCUAUACCAAAUAAUCUCCAACAGAAUAUACUGUGAAAUUUUUCCGUAUCAUAAAGUAGAUGGAAUUCGUCUUGAGGAUUUUAAACGAAAUGUUGAUUCAAAGCUUUUUGAGCUGCUGGACGUUAUAAAAAGGUUUACAGAAUCACAUCCGGAAUCGAUUGGAACAAGCUACAACAGAAAAUAUCAUAGAAUAACUUUGACGGAAUCUUUAUUUCCGUGUGUUAAACGCGCUGAUAUCUAAUGAAAAAUGCCCUUCAAAAAUACCUUUUUAUACGUCACGUUAGAAAAAAUGAAAUGAAAUCUUCUAACAAGACGAGGCGAUCAUAAUACCGAAUACGUUUCCCCAUUACUCGAAUCUCAUAAGUUACAUCACAUCGACUAUGGAGAUGUAUACCUGGCUUGCUGGUUUACAGAUAUUUACCACGAAUAUCUAUAUACGUUCAACACCUGGUUUAUUUCGAAGUGGGAACUCCCCGCAGUGCACGACUGGUGGUCCAACGUGUUCAGGAAUUCAUAUUUAAUUAAUAUAAGCACUGCUAGGCUCGCACAAGCACUUUUUAUGAAUAUUGAGUCUUUCAGUGUCGCAACUCGGUCCUUCGUAUAACGAUAGUUACUCACAUGUUGACGAGUGGAACGGGAUUCCAUGCGAACCCAACCAAAGUCUGACCCUCACCGUUUUUGAUUUUGUUGAAACAUUUUUUCUGCCCUUCUCCCAACUCUGAAAUAGUACCGCACAUUUUUUCA